UGCCCCGCUACACACACACACUCGAGUGCUAGCGGUAGUAGGCUAUCAACUCAAGUUACCCCUCUCACACACAAAGCGAUCAUUUUGGGGAAAGAAAAUGCAUGGGACGCCAGUGCCUGGAGCUUACAGACACAGUUUUCACCGUUGACCGAGCUUGAAGCCAUUCUUUGCACUGAAAGGUCCUUGCCAUAGUGAACCAGUCUAGACCGUUGUGUGUGUUUUCAUCGUUUCUCGAGUGCUAUUUGGGUUUUAAUACAAUGGGGUGCUGCAGCGGCCGUUGCACGCUCAUCUUUCUUUGCACGAUCCAGCUGUUGGUGGCAUUGGAGAGACAGGUGUUUGACUUCCUGGGGUACCAGUGGGCGCCCAUCCUGGCCAACUUCUUCCACAUCAUCAUCGUCAUCCUCGGCCUCUUCGGCACCAUACAAUACCGACCACGCUACAUUGUAGUGUACACAGUGUGGAUGGCUCUCUGGGUGGCCUGGAAUGUCUUCAUCAUUUGUUACUACCUGGAUGUGGGAGACUUGACCAAGGACAGUGACCUGCUGACGUUUAACAUCUCGGCUCACCACUCGUGGUGGAGUGAACACGGUCCAGGGUGUGUGAGGAGAGAGAUGACCCAGCCAGGGGUGGGCACCGUGGACAGCCAGUCCUACAUCUCUGUCAUGGGCUGUCUCAUGGAGUACCAGUACAUAGAGGUCCUACACAGUGGAACACAGAUCCUCAUUGCUCUCCUGGGCUUCGUGUACGCCUGUUACGUCGUCAGCGCCAUCACUGAAGAGGAAGACAGCUUUGAUUUUGUUGGUGGAUUUGACCCCUUCCCCCUCUACCAUGUCAAUGAGAAACCAUCCCAUCUCCUCUUAAAGCCCAUGUAUCUGUCUACGUAAAUAGGGCGGCAGCCGACGCCGUGAUUUCCCGUGGAAACAAAAUGGCUGCUCUGACUGACACAACAACAGUCCCAGAAUGCACUGCGGCAGGCCAGACAUUCCUCUGAUUCUCUACUUCUUUAUUUCAGCUCUUCAGUACUUCAAACAUGUAAAUGACUGGUUUUCUGCUUAGUAAUGACUGUAGUUUCCAGUUCUGUUCUGUUCUGUUGUUAGUGGGAGGGAUGGUGGGGAUAGUG